CGCCGUUGCUUUGCAGACUGCUUAUUGGCCCAGGAGCCUAGAGCAGCCAAUGACAGUCGAGGAUGAAGUCAGCCUCCGGCCCUUAGCCCUCAGGCCGGGGGGAAAUGUCGCGAAUCCGUUUGCAAGCUUUGGCAAAGGCCUUGGCUAUGGUGUUAAGGGCAAGAAAGCGGCAGCAUCCUCUUCAGCAGAAGACAAGCCUCCGAAGAAGAAUGGAGAGCGGGUUCGGUAUGCGAAGGACUUCUUGCUUAAGUUUAUGGAGAAGUAUAACAAUUGCCCAAGCGAGCUGGAGCAACUGAACCUCGAGAUUGUUGUGACGGGCGAGGACCGCCAGGCGCAGCAGGAAGUUCUUCAGGCAAGGGAUGUAAAAGUUGCGGAAGAGAUUGACGACAGGGAUUGGCGCGCCCGAACUGCUGUCAGCAAUUACCGUGAGCCAUAUGAGGAACGCGAGUUUCGGGAGCCGAAGCAGCAGCGCGAGCCAAGGGAGCCUGUCGAGUCACGACAGCAGCGUCCGGCUCCCACGCGUCAGGAUGCGGCGCAGCAGCAACCAACCCAGCUGGCCCCACCUGCGCCAGCAGCUCAACAACCCGUAGCCGGUGAUAAUGCAACCAGCACGGCCGGUAACGGCCAGGAUACCUCCCGCAUUGCAAAGGCCUCGGACGUGGGCCGUCAGGCGUACCGGCCUGGAGGUGUGCUGUCAACCGAGGAGCGGGCUGUACGCUCUGUAAAGGGUAUCCUAAACAAGCUUACGCCCGAAAAGUUUGAGCGGCUACUGAAUCAGCUCCUAGAGGUAAUUACUACUGCAGACAUCCUGCAGAAGACGAUAGCGCUAGUGUUUGAAAACGCUGUGGAGCAGCCGACGUACGUCGCCAUGUACGGCGAUCUCUGCGUCAGCCUGUCCAAGGAGCUGCCGCAAUUCCCGCCGCCGCCGGGCUCUGACAAGCCGCUCAGCUUCCGCCAGAUUCUCCUCAACACUUGCCAAGACGAGUUUGAGGGCGCAUCAGAAGCCCGCGAGGAGCUCUCGAAUAUCAGCGAUCCGACUGAGCGUGAGGAAGCGGAGCGGCGCGUGAAGAAGCGUGUGCUGGGUAACAUGCGCCUUAUAUCGGAGCUUUACAAACAGGACAUGGUCAAGGACUGGAUCAUGGUGACCUGCAUUGUCGAGCUGCUGUCAGCACGGGCUACCAAGUCGGCCAAGACGGCCCCCGAGGAUAACAUUGAGGCUGUGUUGGAAAUCAUCAAGUUGUCGGGAGCGAAGCUAUCUAAGAGCGAUAAGCAGGAAACGCUGAAGAAGCUGGACAAGGUGAUGCGGGAGCUGGAGCGGCUGAUGACCGAUAAAGCUAAUGGCAUUACGACGCGUGUGCGUUUGGCCAUCAAGGACGUGAUGGAGCUGAAACGCGCGAAUUGGGUGCCGCGUCGGGAGGCCUACACAGCCAAGAAGUUGGACGAAGUGCGCGCGCAGGCGGAGGCAGAGCUGGGCAUGAUCAGCUCAAGCAUUGCAGCGUCAUUACCACAGCUGCCUGGCGCGAUUCCGCGGUACGGCGAGCCAAUGGGUUUGGGUCCAGGUGGCCUGGCGGGCAUGGGCGCCGGUGCCCGCGACGACGCAGCGUUGGGUCUCAUACCGCCGCUCCGCUCUGAAGCGGACGUGGCGCUGUUCCCUGCGUUCCGUGGCGAUUCGGGGGCGGACCGGGGCUUCAGCCGCGGUAGCGCGCUGCUGGGAGAUUACAAGCCGCCGCCAAUACGCGUGCAGCUGCCGAUGCAGCGACAGGAGCAGGUACCAGUGGUGGUACAAGAAGCGCCAGCUCCUUCCAGGCCUGCACCGGCUGCAGGUGGCAAGGCGCUCAGCGACGAGGAGGUGGCCCGCAAGGCACAGAACCUGUACGAGGAGUUCACCAGCACGCUGGACAAGGCUGAGGCGACCACCUGCGUAAGGGAGCUGGGGCCCCAACACCUCGCGAAGUACAUGCAAGUUUGCAAGCAAUUUGUGCGCAAAUGUUGCACGGUUCGAUAUGAGCCACAGGUGGUGGAGAUUGGCUUGGAUCAGAUGUUCAACUCGCUCAAAGAAAAGGAACAGGACGCGCUGCUGGACCUGAUCUUGCACUUCCACGAUGCGGGCGCAAUUACGAGUGCAAACGCCGUGGAUGCGCUCACCACGUACACUACGCAACUGGAGGACCUCAGUAUGGAUGUGCCCAAGGCGCCGCAACUGCUGGGCCGCUUCUACGGCUCGUGCGUAUCCCGAAACAUUGCAUCGCUGGAUCUGCUGCCUCAGCUCAUGGAGGGAGACGCGUCCGUGGAGCCCAAGCGCCGGUUCAGCGGUGCGGCCUUUAAGGUUCUGCGCAGCGCGAAGGGCGAUCAGGGAUUGGCGAAGAUGUGCGGUGAUGUAGGGCUGGCGGCGGGCACAUUCCUGGAAGCAGACCCCGAAUUUGACCGUGAUGAGCCGUCCCUUGCUAACUGGCUAAAGGCCGAGCGUUUGGCCGGCAUUGUACCUGUUUGACUUAGAGCACUGAAAAAGGCAGGGGUUUCCGCUUUGGGGUUCUGAUGGCUUUCGCUGAGAUGGAUGCUGCAGGUCGAUCCAUAGCUGACAAGCGCAAGGGGGUUAGGAUAAAUUGUGUGGGUUAUAGCAUGGGCGUUAGGUGCAGUCUGGCCGCAGGGCGGAUAUCUUAGAUGAGGAUGGGAUGCGCCGUAGUAGCGCGAUAAGGCAUGAGAGGAGCUGCAGCAUUAGGUACAAAUACCGGAUGCUGUUUCGUGAAGCUGAGGUCGAGUGUGGAACGGAGCGGGAGGAUUUUUUGUGGUUCAUUAGGUGCUCAAACUAUGCAAGCCGAGUGGCGAUGAGGGAGCGAUGCGAUAGGUGUCGGCUUGAGAAAUGCAGACAUGAGGGGUUGUCACCUGCGCGGCUGCAACGUCGCUUGGGUUUUGGCCAAACGCGCGUGUGCCGUGUCGAUUGAGGCUGGCGCGCCUGUUGACUGGGCACGCAUUAAGGUGCCGAUUAAAGAGUGUUUUAUGAGGCGCAAUGUUGGUAUUGCAACGUGGCAGUUACAAAUAUAUACCAUGUUUUAACAUGGUUCAGCUGUGUUUGUAAAUGUCACCUGC